AUGGUCGAGUAUGGUUGCAAUGUUGCCAACAAGUUCGGCUUCAUUUCGGAUGAUGACGACCUUGAUGACCUUGAUGACCCACAACAGUUGAUUAGCCGGGUCGCGCAGAUUGAGGCUGAGAAAGCUGCUGCCCAAAAGAAAGCUGAGAAGUUGGCUAAACAAGCGGCAGUAGCUCCGAAAGAAGCACCAAAACCUGCAGGUUGUUUGCUUGUAUGAUU